CUUUUUCUGGUGCUCCUCAAAUACUUUCUCCUGUGAGCUCGUCCUUUUAGGACGUAGACAGAAGCAAGACAUCGCUGUGUAAAAGUCCGCUCGGUGUAAAAAUUUGAGCUCGUUUCUACCUCUGAGGCGCACUGGAAGAAGAAAAUGACAGAAGACACUUUCGUUGAACCCUUGAUGGACAGUCACAGACCCUCGUCGGGAACGUCACAGGACAUCUCUCAUGUAUUAAUGAGCGUCUUCAAGGGGGUUUACAAUAAAGACAUAAUCGCGAAAGGGAAUCUGUUGUCCAAUCUCAUCAAAACAAAUGUGGGAAAAAACAGUUAUCAUGAUAAAUAUGUUAAGGAGCUGCACCAGGCUCGUUCUGAAUAUGAGCAGUGUAUAAAAAUGGCUGAUAUGAUGGAGGAUCACAUAUGUAAGGGUAAAGCCCAGGCUGCUGCCAAAGAAAGCCGGAACUGUGAGAGGAUGAAAGCAGACCUUGUAGAUGGUUGUGAUUAUGCAAUGUUUCCAGUAAAAUCCACCUUUUGCUGGUGUGUCGAUGAUGAUCUUCUCAAAAGAAACAACCUGAUCUCCCCUGGGGACUACUUACCGGCAGAGAAACCACAAAUACGAGCACCAGCCCCAGUAAAAUCGAGUUUUGCAAAACCCACUAUCUCAUUUGCCAUACGCACAACCCGGGAGUCUCAGGAUCGCGGACCACAGAAGACUUUGUUGGAAAUGAAUGAGUUGGAUGACAGUCUUACUUGUGAAUCAAGCUCAGAACCCCAACAAAGCAAGAGAAUCCCUAAAAUGACCAUACCUAAGCCAACCUGGUUUGGCCAACCAAGCGCAAAAAACCGCACAGAGGGUUGGGAGCAACUUCAGAAGUUUAAGAGAAGACAAAGCGUCCUGCUCGAUAGACGAGUCUGUCCUCCAAAUGCGCAGCAGUGCAGAAAGUCGUUCAGCUUACCCAAAGUGAAAGUGAAGAAUGACCAAGAGAAGAAAAACUCUGACAAUCAAAGCUCUAUAGAUGAGCUCCACUGUGUCUUCCAGGCAACUCCCCAAGUGAUGUUUUUCACAGAAUACAGCAUUGGAAGUGUUUAUGAGUCUACACUGGAGCUGAAAAACAUGACUUACUCAAGCCGCUACCUCAGAGUCAUCCCUCCUACCACUCCAUACUUCUCGAUAGGGCUGGGAAGAUUCCCCAGUGAUGAAGGCAUUGUUGCCCCAGGGAUGAGCUCUAAGUAUACACUGCGAUUUGCUCCAGACUCCUUGGGAGACUUCAAGGAUUUCAUGAUGGUGCAGACAGAAUCUCAGCACCUAUUUGUGGUGCCCAUUGAGGCACGGAGACCUCCUCCUGUACUUACCUUGCCCAGAGUUUUGGACUGCGGGUACUGUCUGGUUGGAGGAGUAAAAUUUCUGGAGUUCAUGUGUCAAAAUGUUGGACUCAGCGCUGGGACUUUUUACAUCAUCCCCAAGGACCAGUGGCCGGCCCCAAAUCUCAGGUCCUUGUCAACAACAUACUUUUCUGAGAAGCCACCCUUUGCAGUAGGCCCCUGUGUGUUUUCACUGCAGCCAGGAGAAGCCAUUGUUGUGGAGGUUGUUUUCUUUCCAACUACUGUGGAGCAUUGCUCUCAGCCAUUUGCCAUAAUCUGUGACAACUGCCAGGUGAAAUACAUUUCCCUUGAAGGUGAGAGUCAACUGGUCGGCGUUGAGCUUGUGUCUAUAUCUGGAGAAAAUGAGCCGCUCACUGCUGGAGAGAUGCACGACCUCACUGCAGAGCACUUUGUCCGUUUCAGCGAAUGCCACCCUCACAUUGAGCAACAGAAGAGACUUGUCAUCAGAAACAAUGUCCACUUGGAGCUGGCCUUCCACUGGCAAAUUAUGAAACCUAACCUGCGUUCUCUUCUUCCUGGGGAGACCCAUGAGCCAUCCCAUAUCCAGUUUCACCCGGACACAAAUGACGUUUACCACAUGAGCCCCCCCUCAGGCCUCCUGGCUCCCUGUCAGGAACACGAGUUUCUCUUAACCUUCUGUCCUAAAGAGUUGAAGGAUUAUCACAGUGUCUUUCACUUGGUCCUGAGGGACAUCCCCCUGAUGCCACUAGAGCCUAACGAUAACAGCGUCCUUCAUCCGGUUCAUUCUGGCUCCAAGUUGAACAAUGUGAUCAUCAUGGAUAUAGAGGUCAAAGGGUCAACAGAGCUAUACCGAGUCUUACUGGAGCCAUACGGUGUCAUAAUCCCUGGAGAAAUAUUUAUCUCCAUCGCUACUCACAGGCAGUUUAAGAUGUGGAAUCACAGUAAAACCUUCAUCUUGUUUCAAUGGGAGAGGUUGAACAGCAGCUCCCAUGUUAUAGACGUAGAGCCAUCUGCUGGGAGAAUAGAAGAGAACGAGUGCUUUGACUUUGAGGUCAUUGUUACUGGAGGGAAACCAGAUAAGCUUAAAACCAACCUGGUUUGCAACAUACAGCAUCGUCACGAACCUGUCAAGUUGCCUAUCGAGAUUUCCUUUAAGGGUCCCACAGUGAAGCUCAGUGUUCCCUGUGUGGACUUUGGGCUUGUGAGGCUCGGGGAUGAAGUUCAAACCACACUCUCCCUAACCAAUACCACCCCUCUGGAGGCCUGCUGGAUGUUUAAGGAGAAGAUCAAUAAUAAGCAGGAUCACCAAGACACAAACGCAGUAGAACCGGAGGUCGUAGUGGAGCCAGGAACAGGUGUGCUGCCCCCCUUUGCUAGUUGCAGUGUGGCGCUGCAUUUGAACUUAGAUUUCUGCCAGAAGUUUGAAACAGAAAUGGAACUGAUUGUGGAGAAUGGGACUACGAGUCCUUUUUGGAUCCAAGCAGUUGUGCAGUCUCCUCAGGUGUGCUUCUUAAACUGCAAGUUGGUCUUCUCUGAUCUUUACCUGGGAGUUCCCUCAACAGGCACCGUAACACUUUUCAACCAGACUCUGCUGCCAUCACACUUUAGCUGGAAGGAACAUCUUCAGGGUAAACAGGCUUCACUGUGCACAGCCACCUUUGAUCCCUCUUCUGGUAUACUGGGACCCAAUGCAACCAUGAACAUCAAUGUAAAUUUAACCUCCCACACAGAUUUGAAGCUCACAGAAGUGGCUGCUAUCUGUGAUGUGCAAGGGAUGAACUCGCCGCUUGUUCUUCAAAUUGUGGGCUCCCAAUCCAAGAAACUUUCUGUGUCCUACUCGCUGCCUGGCGCCUGUCACAUAGGGAAUAGUGACAGUCCUUCAGCACUGAUAAUUGACUUUGGAAAAGAUGUCAUUUUAAAGACGGAGGUGACCAAACAGUUCCUAAUGACCAAUGAAAGCGCUAUUCCUGCAGCUUUUACUAUAAAGCCAGAGUUUUUCACUUGCAACGUUUCAAUGGCAAACAGCUUGUUAGAGAAGAGACUCACAUAUUUAAAGACUCCACUUUUCACUGAACAAGUGACAAAAGUAGAAGCCAAAGCACAUGAAGACUUUGUUACCGGCCUUCUGGCUCAUGGAAAUGGGGCGGCCUUCAUGGUCCAGCCAGACUCAGGGCAGCUGGGACCAUUUGAGACCAAGACAGUGGAUGUGACCGCCUAUUGCUUAAUGUGGGGAGAAUACAGAGAUCACCUCAUAUGCAAGGUCGGAGACCUUGAACCGAUGCACAUAACUAUGCGGAUGACUGUGAAGGGCUGCCCACUCUACUUCCAAAUGAUAGGCCCCCAACCGGAUGACCAGUGUCAGGGUCCUACCAUGCACUUUGGAACUCACUUGUCAGGAGGAGACACCAUUUCUCAACCUCUUCGCAUCAAUAAUCCAACCAUGUUUGAUAUCCAGGUGGACUGGGAGAUUUACAACAUUGACGAGAAUGACCACACACUGAUUGAACUCGUGAUGCCAUGUGGAGACCACUUCCCGCUGAAGGAUGAUGAUGGUAAUGAGCUGCUGAAAGGAACAUUUAGGGUUUUUAAUGAAAACAAUCCAACAGAGUGGGAGAAGAAUCAGACACCAACAUUGGUGGGGACAAGCAUGUCCCUUCAAAGUGGUACUAAUGGAAAAGAGAAAGAAUAUGAAGAGGAAGAACAUCUCUACCCUGCAAAGAAAAACUUCAUCUCUGUCCACACACGACCUUACAUAGGCAGCCUGUCAGAUUCCCCAUACUCCAUUAUACCGCAACAAAUUGUGAUUCCAGCAAAGAGCACUGGAUGCAUCCAUGUGUCUUUCACCCCUUUUAAUCUUUCUGAGUCCCAAUGUGAGUCCAGAUGUGUGGGUGUGGCAUGUGGUUUCCUGAACCUGAACUCAGAGAAGGCAGUUUGCAUCCCAGGUAAAGUCAGAAGGGAUUUGGCUUUGGAUUUACAGCCUGUCAAAUUGGAUCUGCUAGGAACCAUUAAGCCGGCGGUGCUUUUGGUGCAGCUGGAGGAUGACAGCGAGACACUGGAGUUUAAUGCCUCCGCUGGUGAUUUACUGAGGGUUGAGUCAGACAAUGAGGUAGUUGUCAGUGAAUUUAGCAUUGUAGAGAGCUUUCAACUGAGAAACAUUAAAGAGACCCCUCUGCAUUUCAAACUUGAGACACAGCCGCCAUUUUCAGUUGUGAGGCCUCACUCUGGAGUUUGGACCAGCAUCUCAAGUACCAAUGGUCUCGAUCAACCAUUGGUACUUUACCCUCAAAAUAGCAUGCAGGUGAAAGUGGCCUUUCACUGUUCUCUCUCACUGCUGGACCUCUUAAACCAUACAGAGGAAGACCUCUCUCUUGCAGGGAGUCUGAUCCAUACUAAAACUGGUCGGAAGAAGCUGAGGUUGCAGCAAAACCUCCUUAUCCACCACAGCAACAACAACCUGCAAAAAGUGCCAUUGUGUGCCUAUCUGGAACUGCCUAUACUCAGUCUCUCCACUGAUUGCCUAACUUUUGGGUUUUGCGAUGUUGGAGACAGACAGACCAGGAAAAUAAGCCUCACCUGCCGUGGAUCAAACACCUACUGGAAAUCACUAAUAAAGUCAGAUGAAGGAGACCCUCAGGUGUUUGAAGUUGCACCAGACUCUGGGGUUUUCCAAUCCAGGGAACUGGUCAGAACCUCCAGCAGCCAGUUUCUGCAGAUUAGCUUCACUCCAAGCAAACAAAAAGAGUUCACGGCUUUGCUGGUUAUCGAGUCGCCUCUAGUGAAGACGCCCCUCACUCUUCCGCUCCUGGGAGUCGGAUCCUUUGAUGAGGACUACAUAUCGACAUAUUUUUUGAGUGGCAAAACAGCUGACGAUGAAAUGGUUUUUGGUGGAUUGUAAAUAUGUGUUUGACAAAAAGUAAACAGACAAUUUCUUACUUGCUUUCUGAUAAAGACCGAAACUUCCAAGGGAGUUCAAUAGAAAAGUUUUAAAAAUAUUUGCUCCAAUGAAGCUGCAUGGGUUCAGUUAUCCACUUAGCAUGUUAUUUCAGAUUAAACUUGACUAGAAGUUAUUAAUCUGUGCCAAACCUGGGAAGGGUGAUCAUUUGCUUUGCCAGCCAGAGAGAGAAAAGGACAGGAUGUUGAAACUGAAGGAAAGACAGUAUCAUAAAAGAAAAGUGACGUGCCUGGUUGUUUACUGCAAGUCGCAAAUAGGCAACUCGGGAGCCAAAUACAGCUACACACCCAUAAUUACAGGCAAUGAAAAUUGUAAUGAAAUGAAUGCAUGAAGUACAAAACGUGGCGUCAGAGCUCAUUAAGUCAUAACAAGUUCUUCUCAAUUUCUAACAGCAUAAUUAACUUAUUUUUCAGGGACACGUGAGUCGUUUUUCCCUUUAGACUUAAGGCCAAUUUUAAAAGAUUAGAACAGCCUAUGUCUAAGUUUAAAUAUUUGGACAUACAAAUAAUUAAACGUAGACAUAAUUAAACUUAGACAUAAACCUAGACAAGCGAGAGUACACACCAUGGGGAGAUCGGAAAAAAUGUCUAAGAUCUUUAAGAACAUUGUAGCAGUUUAUGAGUCUGGUAAGGGACUUAAAGAGGUCUCAGAAGAAAUCAGUCAUUUCACUAUUUUUAAAAAUUUAUAUACAAGUGGACAGCAUUCAAACCACUUACACUAUGCCUAGGUCUGACUGUUCUUAAAAAUCCCCCUGUGAGCAGAUUACAAAUUGCUAAAAAAAAGUCUCCAUAGAUCUGCAGCAGGCCCCUGCUGAUAUAAUGAUAUGAGUUUAUCAGCAAGAGCAAGCAUAUCUUCUGUGGGAGACACUGUAUACUAGAAGAAAAGUUUUGCUCUCUCCUAGAAAAAUUAAGGACAGACUCAAGUUUGCCUGAGAGACAAAGACUGGGACCUCUAGAAAAGUGUUCUUUGGACAAAAAUAGAAUUAGACACCAGAACAGAGGACAUGUUUGGCAUAAAAAAUACUACAUUCCAGGAACAUAAUCUGGAAUGUUGUUUUAAUCUGGAACCAUGGAUUAUGGAACCAUGAUGCUUCCAUAUCCAUGGAUAUCCAUGGUUUGAGGAUGCACCAUGAAUUCUGUGUCAGAGAGCUCUUGAAGUCAACAUGACACCAUCUGUAAAAAACUAAAGCUGAAUGAAAACUACAGCAUGACAAAGACCUAAAACUCUUCAAUAAAUCCACAAAGGACUGACUGAGAGUUUAGAAACAGAAAGUUCUGGACAAAAUCAAAGCACAGACCUUGUUCUGAUUAAAAUGUUAUGUGCAUGACUUGAAACAGGCAAUGCAAUAAACCCUCACUUUUCCUCUGUGAAAAGUGAGCAUUGGGGAAAACUUUACAUUGGUGUAAGCAACAGGAAGAUGUCUAGAAGCAGCAUCUUUCUGAAGAUAUCUCAAAAGGGAAAAGUCUUGUUUCUGUGGGAUAGGGUGUCCUGACUUUAUUCAGUUAGAAAAUGCAAUUUUGUUUAAAUCUCUUAUUAGACAUACUGUAUAUGAAGACAAGACUAGUUUUUGAUAUUUAGGUCAAGCUAAAUCAUAUAUUUUCCCCAGAUUAAAUACUAGAUUAGACAUCAAUAUGUGAGCAUUUGGUGGAAAGAAAAUAUUUGGUAACUAAACCCUAAAUUGGUGAAAGUGAUCACUUACACUCGUUCCAGGUGGAAACUUCUUCCCAGAGUCUUGUCUCAAGUUGAAAUACAAAUUUUACUCAUCAUUUUGAAUUACAAACACCAAGCACAACCCAAUACUUUUAUUUUUAUUAUUCAGGGUUCAGGGCUAAUUCAUACAUUAAAUUCGUCUACACCCAUUAAAUACAUUGGUAUAUGCAUUAGUAUCACAUUCACCUUUGUCAUCUCUGUACCAUUUCAACUUUUAUGCUAAGCCCACAUUUCUCUAUUAAAAUUAUUCAAGUUGA